AUGGCUCUCGAAGACGCGAAGGACAUCUUGGUGACAGGUGGAUCCGGCUACCUGGGACGAGGCAUCGUGAGAGCACUACUGGACCGCUACCCGGCCUGGAACAUCACCAUCUUGGAUCUGCAGCCGCCGGAUGAAGAUGUACAGAACCGCAUCGCUGCCUUCGUUCAGGCGGAUAUCACGUCUGAAGACAGCGUGAAGAAGGCUUUCGCAAACCUGCAUCCGGAGCUGGUGGUCCAUACAGCCGGCAUUGUACCUGCUCGGACCCAACGAUACAGCACGAACAGCAGGCAAUGGGAGAAGGUCAAAGCUAUCAACUAUGAUGGUACGCGCCACGUCGUCGAUGCAAUGCUUGCUGGUGAUUGUCGCAAGCUCGUCUUCACCAGCAGCUGUACAGUCGUGGUUGAUGACCUGAAACACGACUACUACCACAUGGACGAGACGACACCUCUAGGUCUGGCACAUCUACACUAUGGCAAAUCGAAAGGGCUGGCCGAACAGUACGUCCUUUCAUCUCAGCAUCAAGAGAAAGGCUUAACAGCCUGUGCCUUGCGUCCAUGCACCAUCAUCGGACCAGGCGACAGGGCAGUUGUCAGCAUCUUCUACGACUGCAUCGCAAAAAGAGAGACAUACUUCAUCGUGGGUGACGGCGACAACAUCUACGACUUCAUGUACAUCGACAACGCUGUAGAUGCGCACAUUCUCGCCAUCGAGAACCUCCUCACUACACAGACAGCGGCAGGAGAGGCCAUGUUCAUCUCGAACCAGGAGCCGAUCUACUUCUGGGACUUCUUGGCUUUUGUGUGGGCGCAAUUCGGACAUGUGCCUGCUUUUCGUAUUUACAUACCGAUGCAGAUCGCUUGGUUCUUGGGCUUGAUUCUGGAGAUGAUCACCUUUUUGACUGGCACGGCAAGUACCCUUGAUACCGGUAGUGUUGCCGAUGGUGUUCGGACUCAGUACUCGAACAAUGAGAAGGCGCAACGCAUACUAGGCUACUAUCCGAAGGUGGGCAUAUCGGAGGGUGUCAGGAGGGCUUGUGAGGAAUACAAGGUGUAUUUAACCUCUGAAGCCUCGAAGCGACAGUCUGAGAAGAUUUGA